AGUAAAAGAAAGACAACAUUUUCACAAGCAUAAAUUAAUUUUAUACAUUCGCUUAAACACGAGAGGUUGAAUUUCUUAUAUAUUUUUGGAUUAAUUAAGGUAAAAACAGUCCGGAAUACUUGUCAAGUCUUGUCCGUCUUUUGAAAAAAAACUGUCCAAGUACCAGCAAAGGUCAAUAUAAAACAGACAAGAAGAAAGUUUGAUUUAUGGUACUGCUGUAAGACAAGAUGGGAUCACAGCAGUCAUCAUCACCGUCCCAAAACAAACCACCAACAUUUGAUACAGAGGAGCAUAAGUUUAUCUUUGACAAUGUACAUAAUAAUUGUGUAACAGUGUUCUCAAAGACAUCUUGUAUACACUGUACAAAUACUAAGAAACUGUUUAAUGAGAUAGGUGUUCCUUUUAAAGCUAUAGAAAUCAAUAAGAUAGAAUCUGGUCACAAAGUUCAAAAGGUUCUAGCUGACAUCACAAAACAAAAUACAGUACCAAGAGUUUUUGUGAAUGGAGAAUGUAUUGGUGGAGCGUCAGAUACUAGAGCAUUGCACCAAGCAGGACAACUUCUUAGGAUGAUACAGAAAUGUAAAAUCAAAUGAUAAACACUGCUGAUACAAACAUUGAUUUUAAUGUAUUCAAGAUUUCUGUGAUAAUUUUGUUAUUUAUCAAUUAAUCAAUGUCAUGAAUUGUUACACAAUCUGAUUCAAAAAGUUCUAGACAUUAAUUUUACAGGUACUUGUCUCAGAAAAAACAUAUUAAGGUAUAAAGGAAAUUUAUUUUCCGAGACAAGUGCCUGUGAGUAAUUUACAUGUGAUGAUGUUAUCGCAAAAUCUUACUACAAUAAAAGUGUUUAAACCUUGCUGGCUCAAACUUUUUAGCAAACAAGAAAUCAAAUUUAUCUCUAUGUGAAAAAGUUAAAUGAUAUGAAACAAAGUACAGUUAAAAUUCAGAAUUAAUGAUCUGUUUGUAUGCUUUAUAUUUGGUGCUGUGUAUUGAUGAUACCAUAACAUCCUGUAUAUUGAUAUUACUGUUAAAUCUCAUUACUAAUGUUUACCAAUGUGUUCCUGUAUCAUUCAUGUACAUUAUCAGUUAA